AUGAGAGAAAGAGAUUUGUCAAAGGUUGAUGCAGAAUCUAGCAGGAAACGACAUAAUAAUUAUAAUAAUAAUACAUUUAAACAACAACAAGAUAAUCAAACACAUUCUCAGAAGACUAAACCUGAACCACAACGAAGAAAAUUAUCCUAUAACCAAGAUGCAAAACCAUUUAUACCUAAACAAUCUUUAGAAUCUUCAAUUUCAUUUAAUAAUAAAACUGAAAGUCAGCCGCAGCAAAAGCAACAAUUUAGGCAACAGCAAUUUCAACAACAUCAACAACAUUCAAAGCAACAAGAAGAUAAACCACAAAUAGAAGAAGAAGCCAUAGAAUUAAGUUCUUCAAAACCUCCAACUUCAAAAUUUGUAAAUAAAAAACAUACAAGUUCAUUAUCACCAGGGAAUUCCGAAGUUACUCCAAAACCUUACGUAAUCGAAAUUUAUAAUAUACCUUCAAAAACUACAGAAGAAGAUAUUGAUCAAUUACUACAACCAUUAGUGGAUUAUGAUUCUUAUAAAAUUGUAAAAUUUGUACUAAAAGAUGAUAAUAAACCAUCUAAAGUUUUAAUUAAAAUUGAAAACUUAUCAAUUUAUCAUAAGAUUUCUCAAGCAUUAAAUGGGUCAAAAUGGCAAGAAAAUGUAUUGACAAUAAAUUUAAAUACAACUCAUGACCAACCUAAAUCAUCAUAUUUUUCAACUCCAUCUUCCGCAAGUUUACGAAGAAACACAAAUAGUCAAGCUUCAUCAUCAGCUUCAUCAUCGUCACUAGAAUUUAAUAAAUCAUUUGUACCGAACCAAUAUAGACAUCCAUCACUACAUAGAAAUUCAAAUUCUUACUACAACAAUAAUAGAUUUAAUCACUCACAUUCAAAACAACAACCUUUUACAUCAGACUCAAGAAGAUCGACAAAUUCAAGUUCAAGAGGAAGUUCAAUUAGUAGAGGUAGUUCAAUAUUCUCAAAUCAUAACUACAAUAGAGAUAGUAGGACUAGUUCAUCUGGAUCAUCUAUAGGUUCUCGUGAUCUGACACUGGGUAAACAACCUGUUCCAUCUUUUAUAAUGAACAUGGUUCAUGAUAGACACGAUCAUAAAUUUAAAGAAGAGGAAGAGGAGACUCACGUCGAGGAAAAAGAUGUGGAAGAAGUAGUGGAAGAAGAGACUGCCACAUCAAAACAUGAAGAACAGACGCCUCAAGAAGAGGAGAAGGAAGUAAAAGAGGAAAUACCCAGUAAUUACCCUGAGGAAGAACCAAAAGAACCAGAUCAGUAUGAUGAUGAUAAUGAGUAUAUUGAAAUUCCAAUUGGAGAAGGAGAAAAUCCAAAUGAAUUAAUAAAAGUUAAUGCAACAAGAUUAUUUGUUGGUAAUGUACCUUAUUCAUCAAAUUGGGCAUCUCUUAAAAGAUUCUUAAUUGAAAAAUCAAAAGAAAUUGAACCAAAUAAUAAAAUUGAAAUUUUAAGAGUUGAAAUUCCAAUACAACAAAUUAAUUUUAAUGAAGGAUUAUUUAUUAAUAGACAAGGUAUACCACAACAACAAAUUGUAUCAAAAAGUAGAGGAUUUGCUAUAAUAACAACAAAAAAUAAAUUUUCAUCUUUAAAAUUAAUUAAAAUGUUUGAUAAUAUUGAAUUUGAAGGAAGAUCAUUAACUGUUAGAUUUGAUAAAUUCCCACAAUAUAAUAAUUAUACAUUACAACAAUUAAGUUCAAAUAAUAAUAACCCAACUAAUAUAAUUAAUAAUAAUCAUAAUGUAAAUAAAAAUAUUAAUAAUCUAAAUACUCAUUCUGCAUAUUCACAGAACCAACCACUACAUAAUCAACAACAUACAUAUCCUCAACAACCAAUAAAUUAUAUACCACAACCACAAUUGCAUCCACAACCCAUUUUAAUAUCUCAACAACAAUAUCCAACACCUUAUAGUAUAUCUAAUCAACAACAGCAACCACCACCACAAACACAACAAUUACAAUCUUCAAAUAUAUCAUCAAGUUAUCCACCAAAUAAUCCUGGAGGUCCAUCAUUAUUAAGUAAUUUAGCAUUUGAAAGAAAUUCAUUACAACAAAAGUUUUAUUAUGGAAGUGGUCCAUCAUCAAUUCAAAAACAGUCAACAAAUUUUAUACAACAACCAACUACUACUUCACAACAAUCUCAACAACCUCCACAACAACCACAACCUCCAAUAAUGACAACAAAUAUAAAUCAAUCAUCACCAGGUUAUUACGUAAUGCCAUAUUAUUUUCAAACAACUCCACCAACAGGUCCAGGAUUAUUUUCCCCAAACCCAUAUAGUUAUCAUCAACAAUUACCACCUCAACAUCACGUCCAACAUCAUGUUCAACAUCAUCAUCAUCAUGUUCAACCACAAUUAGCAAACAAUUUUUAUAAUUAUCAAGAUUUUGAACCAAAUUAUCAUACUCCAAAAUUUGAUGAAUUCGAAGAAGAAGAAGAAGAAAAAGAUUAUGUUGAUAAUGAUGAUAAUGAUAGGAAAAGCUUAAAAAAUGUUAAAAAUGUUUUAGGUACUGAUGAUACUAUUGAAAAAGAUAUUACUGAAGAAGAUGAAAAAGCAAGAGAAUUAUUUCAAGAUUUAUCAAUAAAUCCAAGUAAAACAUGA